UAAUUUAGUUUUGUUGAACUGGCAACACUACAUCUGUCACUGUCAGGUGUACUUUGAACUCUAUGUACUUUGAUAAAAUCAUUAAAUAAUUAAUAAAGUAGAAGAAUUUGUAGACUUAGCAAAAUGUUUUCGAAUUGUUCGCGUCAGUUAACGUCCCAGUUUUCCAAUCAUUUGAAACGCCUGCAAAGUACCCUAAUUAUCGCCGAGCACGACAACAAGGGCCUUAACCCCAUUACGCAAAAUGCGUUGACUGCAGCUAAGAAAAUCGGGGGCGAAAUCUCCGUCCUUGUCGCCGGCACAAAAUGCGGCCCUGCGGCGGAAGCCCUAGCAAAAGCAAACGGACUUUCGAAAAUCCUCAUCGCGGAGAGCGAUGCCUUUAACGGCUUCACGGCCGAAAGCCUGACCCCUCUCAUCAUCUCAACGCAAAAACAGUUCAAUUACACCCACAUCAUAGCCGGGGCUUCCGCCUUCGGAAAGGCCCUUUUGCCCCGGGUUGCUGCCAAGCUGGACGUCUCCCCCGUGUCUGACGUCAUCGGGAUCAAGUCCCCCGACACCUUCGUGCGGAGCAUCUAUGCAGGCAACGCAAUCCAGACUAUGAAAGCCAACGACCCCAUCAAAAUAAUAAGCGUCCGAGGGACCAGUUUCGAGGCCGAUAAGCUGGAAGGGGGCUCGGCCAAGACCGAGACUGUGCCCACCGACGGCUGCGCCACCGACAUGACUGUCUUCGUGGGGCAACAGUUGAGCAAGUCCGACCGGCCUGAGUUAACCAGUGCCAAGGUGGUGGUCAGUGGGGGCCGUGGGCUGAAAUCGGGCGACAAUUUCAAGCUUUUGUACGAUCUUGCCGACAAGUUGAAUGCCGCCGUGGGGGCUUCCAGGGCCGCUGUGGACGCAGGGUUCGUUCCGAACGAUCUUCAAGUUGGACAGACUGGCAAAAUCGUCGCACCGGAUUUGUACAUCGCUGUGGGCAUUUCGGGGGCCAUCCAGCACUUGGCUGGGAUGAAGGACAGCAAAACUAUCGUCGCAAUCAACAAGGACCCGGAAGCUCCAAUUUUCCAGGUCGCCGAUUACGGAUUGGUCGCUGAUUUGUUCAAAGCCGUGCCAGAACUGACCAGCAAAUUGUCUUAAAAACGUUUUGUAAAGAUUAUAUUUUUGAAAAUAAACUUGUUACUAUAAAACACUGA